AUGUAUCCCCUCUAUGUCAUAGGUCUAUUAUUCGGUAUACCCAAAUAUCCCGUUGGCAACUAUCUUACGCUCUCUUUUAAGGAACUUGGAUUCUCAACAGUCCAGACUAAUCUUUUGUCAAUCCCAUACGAAGUGAUCAGUAUCUUUACUCAAUUUGGUAUCACUGCUAUAUCGGAGUUGGCGAACAAUAGGAGUUUCGUAGCUUCUGCUGAAGAUUGGUGGUUACUCCCUUGUUUCAUACCUCUUGUGGCUUUGCCGGAUCCAAUCAACCCUUGGACGUACUUCGCCAUUGAGACUGUAUUACUUUCUUAUCCAUAUACCCACGCUAUUCAGGUAGCUUGGACAAGUCGAAAUGCCGGUACAGUGCAGAACCGAUCCGUGUCAGCUUCCCUUUAUAACAUGUUUGUCCAAGCUUCAGCGAUGAUAGGAGCCAACGUCUAUCAAGCAAGUGAUAAACCACGAUACAAGAAAGCCAAUAAAGGUUUGAUCGGUUUGCUCUGUUUCAACGUUAUCAUACUGUACCCAGGUACUUGGGCAUACUACAAAUGGCGUAACAGGACCAAAGAGAGGCUCUGGGGAGCUAUGUCAGAAGAGGAGAGACAACAUUAUCUGAGAACCACUACGGAUGUCGGUAACAAGAGACUCGAUUUCCGAUCUGCUGCUUAG